AAACCCAAACUCUCUCUCUCUCUGAAAGCCUCCAAGUCUCACUCUAGCUUCCAUAUUUUAUUGAGCAAUCUUUGUUUUGUUCUUGUUGGAGUUUUACUAGCUGCUCGAUCUCUACUAUGGAGCUUCAGCUGGGUCUCGCUCUUCCAGCCAAUAACGAUUUUCCAGUCAAAGGUGGCCUCGACUUGAACAUCAACGACUUUCUCUACCACCCUACUGACGGCAGCAACAAGAACAAGAAGCGUAGUUUCACCCAAGCUUUUGAUCCCAGCAUUGCCUCAGCAGCCGUGCCUCGAAAGCUGCCUUGGUUGCUUUGGAACAACCAACCAAACGACGACGACGACGACGACACCGGACACAGUUCUCGUUACACCAACAUGAUCAAAAAUGAGGAAGAUGGAUUGGUCGGUUGGCCGCCUAUUACGUCGUGGAGGAAGGAGACUUGUUUUCACAUCCAAGGCGACGGCGGUGGUCGUCGUCCUCGGACGGUGAGGGUCAAUGGCGGCGGCUCAACAUUUGUGAAGGUGAAGAUGGAGGGAGUAGGGAUAGCAAGAAAGAUUGACUUGAGCCAACACCAGGGUUUCCACACACUCCUAAGAACCCUGAUGCAUAUGUUUGACAAAUGUGAGAUGGAUUCAGACAAUUAUAAACUCACUUAUCAAGACAGGGAAGGAGAUUGGCUUCUUGCUCAUGAUCAAGAUGUGCCUUGGAGAACAUUCGUGCGGUCAGUGCAACGACUCAACCUGCUUAAGAGGGUCUAUACAGAUCACAUCAAAGUUUCAUAUUUCUUCCGGCCACUUUGGGAUAAGCCUCCAGCUCCAUUUAUACGGCUGCCACACUACUAUGCUGAAAAUGUAAGUUUGGACCAUCUCUGCCGCCUUCAUGACUGGUCCCUGCGUGCUGCCCCACGCCGUAUAUUUGAUGCCAUCAUCUUCAGCAAUGAAUUAGACUUGCUUGAUAUCAGGUGGCAUGAACUUGAUCCAUAUGUCACAAAGUUUUUGAUCAUCGAGGCGAAUACUACUUUCACUGGAUUCCCGAAACCUCUCUUCUUUGCUUCAAAUUGGAACAGGUUUGCCUUUGCUGAGGAAAAAAUUGUCCACUAUGUCUUUCCUGGCACAACUCUACUCCGAGGUUCACAUACAGACCCCUUCAAACUUGAGAGCAUGCAACGUGUAGCUAUGAAUUCUUUACUUCUGCAAGCAGGGAUUUCCUAUGGGGAUGUCAUCAUAAUGUCAGACGCUGAUGAGAUCCCUAGCCCGCAGACUUUGAAACUGUUGCAAUGGUGUGAUGGGAUCCCUUAUAAAAUGCAUCUUGAGCUGAAGCACUACAUGUACUCGUUUGAGUUCCCAGUGGACUAUAGCAGCUGGCGGGCUACAGCUCAGAUCUACACCCCAACUACCAAGUACCAGCAUAUCCGGCAAACUGAUGACCUGCUCUCUGAUGCAGGAUGGCAUUGUAGUUUCUGCUUUCGGCACAUUGAUGACUUUGUGUUCAAGAUGACUGCUUAUAGCCACGCAGACCGUGUAAGGCGGAGAGACUUUCUGGAUUACAGAAGAAUACAGAGGCUCAUUUGUCAAGGAGACGAUCUUUUCGAUAUGUUGCCUGAAGAGUACACAUUCAAGGACCUGAUCAAGAAGAUGGGAUCAAUACCCAAAUCAGCUUCUGCAGUUUACCUUCCAGCUUAUUUGAUAAAGAAUGCGGAGAAAUUUAGAUUCCUUCUCCCUGGAGGAUGUAUCAGAUAGACUGGUAGCUCUUCUAACUCUUCGAAGGUAAAGUAGUAAUUCUGAUCUUGGUGUUUUUUUGGAAAUCCAGAUAGUCUACGGUGCAAAGUUGAUGAGAUUAGGACUUUUAUGAAUUGUGAGAAACCAAACCAACCUUGAAAUACUGAACUCCAAACACUCCAAUAUAUAUUCCCUUUUAUGCC